GCCGAGGCGGGCUGGAAGGUUCUGGAAGAGGCUCUGACCGCUGAGGUGUGCUCUGAACUUCUGAGGAUUCUAUAUAUUGUCGCCGUGUAAGGUUAUCUGUUGAAGACAAACAUGGUUAAGGAAACAGGAUUCUAUGACACUUUGGGUGUGAAGCCUAAUGCUACUCCUGAUGAACUGAAAAGGGCCUAUCGCAAACUCGCCUUGAAAUAUCACCCUGACAAAAAUCCUACGGAAGGAGAAAAGUUCAAGCAGAUCUCACAGGCGUACGAGGUGCUGUCAGAUGCCAAGAAGAGAGAGCUGUAUGACCGCGGAGGUGAAAAGGCGAUAAAGGAAGGAGGGACCGGCGGCGGCGGCGGUGGGAGCUUUGCUUCGCCCAUGGACAUCUUUGACUUGUUUUUCGGUGGCAGCAGUCGGAUGCACAGAGAGCGAAAAGGUAAGAAUAUUGUUCACCAGAUUUCUGUGACGCUGGAAGAUCUUUACAACGGAGCUACAAGAAAACUGGCUCUCCAGAAGAAUGCUGUUUGUGAGAGGUGUGAAGGUCGGGGGAGUCGCAAAGGAGCUGCGCAGAUGUGCAUGACUUGCCACGGCACAGGUGUGCAGGUCCGCAUGCACCAGCUAGUACCAGGUAUGGUCCAACAAGUGUCCACAAUGUGCCACAGCUGUCAGGGCCAAGGACAGAGAAUCAGCCACAAGGACCGCUGCAAAGCCUGCGGGGGGCGCAAGAUCCUGCGCCAGAAGAAGAUUUUGGAGGUCCACAUUGACAAAGGAAUGAGAGACGGCCAGAAGAUCGUGUUCCAUGGCGAGGGAGACCAGGAGCCGGGAAUAGAGCCAGGUGACAUCAUCAUCGUCCUGGACCAGCGAGAGCAUCCGUAUUUCACCAGGAAAGGAGAGGACCUGGUGAUGCCGUUGGAGCUGCAGCUGGUCGAGGCUUUGUGCGGCUUUAAGAAGCCUGUUCAGACCCUGGACAACAGGACCCUCCUCAUCACAUCACAUUCAGGGGAGCUGAUCAAACCCGGAGACAUGAAGUGCGUCUUGAACGAAGGGAUGCCGAUGCACCGCAGGCCGUUCGAGAAGGGACGCCUCAUCAUUCACUUCUCGGUGGUGUUCCCGCGAGCCAACUUCCUCCCCGAGCAGAAGCUGAAGGAGCUGGAGCGCUACCUCCCGGACAAGCUGGACGCGGAGCAGCCGGACAGCAUGGACGACGACCUGUACAUCUACGCCGACCUGGAGGACUGUGACUUCGAGAACAGAAAAAGACACAACCAUCAGUGUUACUACAUGGAUGAAGACGACUCCGCCGGAGGCGUCCAGUGCCAGACGUCGUAAGCGGCGCCUGGCCCGCUCCUGUACCAGAAGCUCACCUCCUCAUCUCAAAAGCAAAGCAGCACCUUUUUGGAAUUUUAUGCACUUUUUAUUUAAUUACUCUUAAAAUUGCAACUGUUUACUCGUUUUCUUUCAAGCUGAAUCAUAAAACUGUGUCCUGACAUCCUCCUCGUUUAUUCUAGUAGAGUAUCUUUAAGUUACAGGACUGAACUGGGACGUCUGGGACCCGUCACACUGUGAUCAGAGAGGAGGCGUCAGAAGAAGGAAGAACUUCUUAACUGCCUGCUGCUCGUGCAGUUACACUAAAGCAGAUGCCAAUAUUAAUCUGAAAUAACCUUUUUUAUCGUGUCGCUGAAUCAGCUGUUGUUGUGAACCACUUGUUGGUGAUCUGUUGUGUGACCCGGUCUUCAGAGAGGGACCUCCAUCCAGACUGGAGCUCAGACGAUUACGCUGUUUUACCCUUUUAAGGGCUAUUUUCUAGACAUUUGUAAGCAAUCGUGAAAAUGUGAGAAAUGAGGCAGUUUGUAGGUUCAAACCACUAAAUUGUAGAGAAUUCAGACUAAUGUUGAAUCGAGUUUAAGAUUUGUCCUGCUGAGCUGAGCUGGAACGUUUCAUGUGUUUUUAUGUUUGAUGUGAGCCACACGUGUUGCAGUUCAAGGCAGGAAGUUUCAGAAACAGAAGGUCAGAGAUCACUUAAUGUUUAAAACAGGAAGUAGAUCAGGGAGGAUCUCUAUCAAUCUGGAUUUUAAUGUGAGUCUGUUCCAGGUCUGAUGUGGUUUUGGGUAAAAUUAUCCAGAGGAGCUUCUUGUAAAGACCCCUGAAGCCUUGAAGACACAGAAAGUGUCGGUGCCAAACCGCAGCCGGUCUGAGGGCUUUUAAAAGUUCACCGGAAUCAGAAAAUGAAGCUUUCAGUUAGUUUAAAAUGCAGAAUUAAAUCAAACCGGCGAGAUCAAGUUGUCCAUGGGCUUUAGCUCACGGUGGCCCUCGAGCUCUUCAGUGGGUCUUUCGUCAUGUUUCGAGUCUAACUUGCCAAACGGGUCGAGGGGAGGGGCUUAAAAUGGGCACACCUGAUACCUCAUUGACGCGGCUGCCUGUUUGAAAGCCUUAUCGAACUUCACCUGAAGCUACGUGAUGACGCAGGUCUCUCCUCUGUCAGUGCAGACUUCACCUGAAGCAGAUGCAAACGUACGAGUGCUCGAAACGUCAGAGGAACUCGACUCAAGUCAGUGUUUCAGUCGUUCGUUUGAUUGUAUGCGUGUUAGGACCAAUGAUCUCCUUGUUUAUGCUCAUGUUUUCUAAUUAAAUUCAGUCUGUUGGUCUCUGA